UAAUCAGAUGUUUCGCAGGGAAUAGCAAAUAUAACAAACAUAAGAUAAAUUAACGACUAAAGAAUAGUAGUUAAAUGCUGCGUCACACAAUGGCCGAAUUCGACGUAAAUGCAGGCCUGCAACUCGUACUGAAGCGCAUCGAGACAGUGUUGGCGAGUCGCCCAAAGGAAAUCAAGGCUGGCAAGCCACUUCUGGUAGCUGUUAGCAAAACCAAACCAGCUGAAAGUGUGAUCGAGGCAUACAAUGCCGGUCAGCGGCACUUUGGCGAGAACUAUGUCCAGGAGCUGGUCGAGAAGAGUCAGCAUCCGCAGAUCUUGGCACAGUGUCCCGAUAUUAAAUGGCAUCUAAUUGGCCACCUACAGGGUAACAAAAUCAACAAAGUGCUGAAGCUACCCAAUCUGCAUAUGAUCCAAACUGUGGAUAGUGAGAAAUUGGCCGAUAAACUUGAUGCAGCCUGGUCGAAGCUGGAGCCUCCGCCAAGUGAGCCACUACGUAUCCUUGUGCAAGUCAAUACCAGCGAGGAAGAUGUGAAGAGUGGCAUUGAUGCCAGCGCUGCGCCCUCCCUGUAUCAAUAUAUCAGCAGCAAUCUGAAGCAUUUACAGCCCGUGGGCAUUAUGACAAUUGGCGCCUAUGGCUUCGACUAUAGCAACGGACCGAAUCCGGACUUUGUCUCACUGAUGGCGGUGCAUGCGGACAUAUGCCAGGCCAACGCUCUGCCAGCCGAAGCGUUGCAGGUCUCAAUGGGAAUGUCCAAUGACUAUGACAGAGCGAUCGAAAUGGGCAGCACCAUAGUGCGCGUUGGCACAGCUAUUUUUGGACAUCGUGCCUCGAAGGCAUAGGCCCAAGGCAGCGAGUGAAUUGCCAGAGGAAUUUAUACAUAGCGCUCUCGUUGUGGGAAUCUUACUCAAUGUGGAUUUCUGGCACAACAUAUGUAUGUACAAUGGCCUGCGAUUAAUACAGUUGCUUCUCAAUGACGUCCAUGCUGAGAAUUGUUAUUGGAAAAAAAAGCGAUCGUGUGCACAGCAAAAAAUGAAAUUCUUCCAAGUUCGUUUAUAUACCAUAUAUUGAUAUAGAUAAAUUGUUAGACACAUAAUAUACAUAUAGUACAUGCUCCUAUGUAUGCUGUAAGAUAAUGUAUGCAUUGGGCUCGUAUAUAUUUAGAAAAUCUUGAGAUAAACAAAUAUUAUAUGCGUA